AUUAAAUCAAUUUUGUUUCUGACUUUGACGUGGACUGUCGUAUGAUUAUGUUGUCAUUCAUUCGAUACGUUUAGUUAUUGUAUUUAUCAUUUAAUUUUGUUGAAGACAGAAAAUUACAAUAUUUUCUAAGUUGGAAAUUACUGUUGCAUUCAAUGAGAAAGGAGCCGGAGCACAAAUGGAUAUUCAGUUAUUUUAUUGGUUUGUAUAUCUGAGUGAAAUUUGACAUUAUGAUCUUAUUUUCUAAUAAUAAUCUGUGAAAUGAAAACAGGUUACUUAGAAACUGAAAUCCUGAAAAUUGUUAUGUCAACAUUUUGAUAGUUACUCAGACUACGAGCAAGUGCUUUUUUAUUUUACGCAAAUUAUUAGGAAUCAGAAAUACCUAACAUACCAAGCAAUCAUGAGUUUUGCGCAGCUUAAAGUACCAUCUGACACACAUUCCGAAAAGAAACUGGAGACGGACACAUCUCAACAGCCGUUAGACACAGUUGUCGAAGUUAACGAAAAUGUGCCCAGCGAAAUCUUUGACCGUCCACAAGAGGAAGGCGACUUUCUUGAAAUAUCCCCCCGAAUAUUUGGCUUAAGAGAAGUUUUAGAACCACUCACGAUACCUUCAUUGAACAAUGCAAUCUAUGAACUGGGGGUAGUCAACAUGUGUUGGCCUGAAAUAACAGAACCUGUAUUUGAGACUCGAACAUGUUUCCCAGUUUCUUAUUACACGAAUAGCACAAAAGAACGUUUACUCCUAGCAUAUGCAGAAAACUUCAGAAGGCAGUUCCUUUUUCAUUUCAAAAUGCGGAAGCCUCUGCUCCUACAAGUACCCAACGAGUGUGGUUUACAGAAAAUGGUGUGCACAUCAAUACGGCCGACUAAACUCUGCUUCGAUGAAACGAACACCUGGCAAGGCGUUGCUCAUUUAGUUGCAGACUUUUUUGAUUACGAGCCGCUAACGAAGCCGAUGUUACAUGUAAGUAGUAGUAUAAGUAAACAUAUUUGGUAUUAAAGAAAACUGCUUAAAAG